UGCUGCUCUCGGAGAGGUCACUCCGGAGAAGGCGUCGUUGGGUUUGGGCUGUGGGGUCAGUGGCAAGAUGUGGCGCGUCUGUGCUCGACGGGCUCGGAGUGCAGCCCCAAAGGCGGGAUUCGGGGUUCGGGACACGGCCUUAAGGGAGGGAUCUGGGGGUCUGCGUGUGACCUCGCGAUCUGGCCCGGCUCGUUGCCACAGCAGGAUCACGGGGAAUGGAGGGGUCCGGGCGCUCUGCAGUUGGAGCCCUGGCACCUGUGCCCCACCACGGAACCGCUUCCUGCUGCAGCUCUUGGGGGCGCCCGGCCGCCGCUGUUACAGCCUCCCUCCCCAUCAGAAGGUUCCUUUGCCGUCUCUUUCCCCAACAAUGCAGGCAGGCACCAUAGCCCGUUGGGAGAAAAAGGAAGGGGAAAAGAUCAAUGAGGGCGAACUCAUUGCAGAGGUUGAAACUGACAAAGCCACAGUUGGGUUCGAGAGCAUGGAGGAGUGUUAUAUGGCAAAGAUACUUGUGGCUGAAGGUACCAGAGAUGUUCCAAUUGGCUCAAUCAUCUGUAUUACAGUUGAAAAGCCUGAGGAUAUUGAGGCCUUUAAAAAUUAUACUUUGGAUACCUCGGCAGCACCCACCCCACAAGCAUCCCCAGCACCAACCCCUGCUGCUUCACUACCUACACCUUCUGCUCAGGCUCCUGGUAGCUCAUAUCCCACUCAUAUGCAGGUGCUUCUUCCUGCCCUCUCGCCCACUAUGACCAUGGGCACAGUUCAGAGAUGGGAAAAAAAAGUGGGUGAGAAGCUCAGUGAAGGAGACUUACUGGCAGAGAUAGAGACCGACAAGGCCACUAUAGGUUUUGAAGUACAGGAAGAAGGUUACUUGGCAAAAAUCCUGAUUCCUGAAGGCACAAGAGAUGUCCCUCUAGGAACCCCCCUCUGUAUUAUUGUGGAAAAAGAGGCAGAUAUACCAGCAUUUGCUGACUACAGGCCAACUGAAGUAGCCGAUUUAAAACCCCAGGCACCACCGCCUACACUGCCCCUGGUGGCCACUGUACCUCCCACUGCCCAGCCUCUACCCCCUGCACCUUCAGCUGCCCGCCCAGCUACUCCUGCUGGACCAAAGGGGGGAAGGGUGUUUGUUAGCCCUCUUGCAAAGAAAAUGGCAGCAGAAAAAGGGAUUGACCUUGCACAAGUAAAAGGGACGGGGCCCGAUGGCAGGAUCAUCAAGAAAGACAUUGACUCUUUUGUGCCUAGUAAAGCUGCUCCUGCCCCAGCAGCUGCUGUGCCUCCUUCAAGCCCUGGUGUGGCACCAGUUCCUACAGGUGUCUUUACAGAUGUCCCGAUCAGCAACAUUCGCCGAGUUAUUGCACAGCGGUUAAUGCAAUCUAAGCAAACCAUACCUCAUUAUUACCUUUCUGUUGAUGUAAAUAUGGGAGAAGUUCUGACAGUGCGGAAAGAACUUAAUAAGAUGUUAGAAGGUCGGGGCAAAGUGUCUGUUAAUGAUUUCAUUAUAAAAGCUUCAGCUUUGGCAUGUUUAAAAGUCCCUGAAGCAAAUUCUUCUUGGCUGGACACCGUUAUAAGACAAAAUCAUGUUGUUGAUAUCAGUGUUGCCGUCAGUACCCCGGCAGGACUCAUCACACCUAUUGUAUUUAAUGCACAUAUAAAAGGACUGGAAACCAUUGCUAGCGAUGUAGUUUCUUUAGCAACCAAAGCUCGAGAGGGUAAGCUGCAGCCGCAUGAGUUCCAGGGAGGUACUUUUACAAUCUCUAAUUUAGGAAUGUUCGGAAUUAAGAAUUUCUCUGCUAUUAUUAAUCCACCUCAAGCAUGUAUUUUGGCAAUUGGUUCUUCCGAAGAUAGAUUGGUUCCAGCAGAUAAUGAGAAAGGAUUCGAUGUGGCUACCAUGAUGUCUGUUACACUCAGUUGUGACCACCGGGUUGUGGAUGGAGCAGUUGGAGCUCAGUGGCUUGCUGAGUUUAGAAAGUACCUUGAAAAACCCAUCACCAUGUUAUUAUAAUUAAUCCAAGAAUUUCUAGACUCUUCUAGGUCACAUUGGUUCAUUCUUACCAAGAUAUUUAUGUUAUUAAGCAGGUGGUUCAUUUAUUUUAAAGUUGAACAGUUAUUUUUAUUAUUGAGUCUGUCCAGAUAAGUUAUUUUUCAUGGGCAUUACUGAACUUUUAUAAUGCCGCUUACAUUCAAAUAUUGUACACAUUUAAAAAUUAAAUGCCAGAUUUUAUGCUAUAUGUUCCUAGUCAACGGACGUGGCCUAGGCCUAGGCUUGCUAAGUCGUCCAUUAUGAAAUGUAGUAAAGGCAGAAAUGUGGUUCCUGCUGAGACGGGUACAUAAAAAUAACUUGAUAGAAAAUUUGAAGUUCCAAGAUUUGAUUUCCUAACAUACUAUACUUGAAUUUCAGAAAGAAAGAGGUAAGGAAAUUUGUAUUCUUGGAGAAAGUGUUUGAAUUGGAUGAUCUUGGGACUUAAUGCCAACUUAGAAUUUUCACCUUCACGGUCUUGGCUUAGCACGAAUGGGAAGGACAGAGAACGUCAAGGAAAAGUAAGCUAAAUUUCCGAAGUCAAGAUUUUCAUAGCCAUUUCCAAUAGCUGUUCUUUGCUCGUUUUCAUUCGAAUCCUCACAUGAUUGUUCUCCCAUCUUGAGAUGAAGGUAUAAAGAAAUAUAAACCAGUUACUUGGUAUAAUUGAUAUUUUGUGUGGGUAUUUAUUUAAACAAAUAUACUAUGCUGAGAUCAGAAUUUUAUGCCUCCAAAUAUAUUAAUGGGCUUACAGACUGGAACAGAAGGAGCCUGUGAAAGUGGAAUCUUUACUCCAAGACAAACUGGUCAUUACAUAUGACCCGAAUGAUCAAAACUUUUCUUUCAGAGAAAUAUGAGAGGCUGUAUUAAAUAGCUAUGGAAUAAGUCUGCAUGUGUAAAAUCUGGUUACUGGAGUUGGAUGUGUGUCUUGAUCCAUUUUCACCAAGUCUUGGCUGAGAAGCAGGAGGGGAGAAUUAUGCCCCGAAAGAGGUCAUUUCUGCCUGGAUAAGAGAGAAGAUGCUGAUAGGUACACACAGCCUUCUGUGUCUUUUCCACCCUUGUUAUCUCCUGUACAACAACAAAGCCCUAAGUCCCACUGAAGAGGAACAGAAGUAGUUAAGUUGCUACCUUACCAUAAAGAAGCCCUGGUGGCAUAGUAGCUAAGCACUCCUUCUAACCAAAAGGUAGGCAGUUCAAACCCACCAGCUGCUUGGUAGUUUUGCUUUCCAUAACAGCUUACUUCCCCUCCAUGCCCCCCUUUUCCUAUGAUUUACUUUUCCUUUGGGAAAGAAGUGGAUGAUAUUUAAGAUAUCAUUAAAAUUAUAAAAAUUAACUGGAUAUAUCACAAUUCCAGACUUUCUCUUGAAUUGGUGCAUUUUAAUAAAUGUUUGGGAUUAUUUAAAUGUAGAUCUGAUCAGUGCUUCCUUGUAUAUGUAAUAUGUGGAGCUGGCCUUGAAAUUUAUUCUGAGUCCUCCAGUGUUAAAUCUAUUUUUAAAUAUUCAUUAUUACAUGGUGCACAAGUGCAAGUGACACUCCAUAUAUUCCCUAAAUAUUCACUCACCUUGUUGUAUUAUUAUGAAAUCAGUACAUUAGGUUUUUGGUAAUUAGUAAUUUUGGCUUGAACUGAGGAUCAUGUAGAAGGAACAAAGCUAUAUACUGCAAGGGACCAUCAUCCUUAUGAGUCAAAUCUGGUUUAAACAUAUGAAAUUUAAAGGUUAACUCAUUAUUUGCUUAUGCUUACGGCUCUUUUGUUCCCUUGAAAGAAAAACAUAAACAAUUACCUUUUAAAUGAAAAAUUGUUCUCAGCGAAAAUCUGAGCUAUCAUCUAAACCCAGGUAUUUUCUCUUACCAGGACUUAACAAUAAAAGAUUAGAAAUGAGUGUUUUGGAUUCAAAUUAGAUUGUUAAAAAAAUUAAACUAUUUGUUUUCAGCA